AUGCUAUUCUUCCGCGGCGGAGUUAACAGUCCGCGCCGGCGCAACCAAGAAAAAGCAAUCUUCUGCACCAUUCUCAUCAUCUACGCUCUGUACUUCCUCUUCUUCGCUGGGAGCUCCGAUCCGAAACGCUCAGAGACGUCUGCUGAGGAUGCGGUGAAGGGAGGCCCGCAUCGGGACUCGCGGUCGGGGAAGGCUUCCCCGUCCGCCUCGGCUUCGCGACAGCCUCAGACCUUGGACAAGGACAUGGUGGUGGCUAGUAUGAAGGGAGACGAUGUCUCAUGGCUGUACACAUACUUUCCUGAGUGGCAUAAAAGCAUCUACGUGGCGGACGACAAGAAAGCGCCGUUGACGGUGGCUUUGAAUAAGGGGAGGGAAUCGAUGGUGUAUCUGACAUAUAUAAUUGAUAAUUACGACAAUCUUCCCGACUCGAUUCUUUUCAUCCAUUCCCAACGAUACCAAUGGCACAACGAUGACCCCUACUACGAUGGUGUGCCCGUUCUUCGCAACUUCCAGGUCCCAUAUCUCCAAAAACAAGGCUACGUGAAUCUGCGCUGCGCCUGGGUCCUGGGCUGUCCGGCGGAGAUUCAUCCCCUCAGUGAUACGCAUCGCAACGACGUCCACGCAGGAGAGUACUUUAAGACAGGAUUUAUGGAACUGUUCCCCGGGGCGGAGGUCCCUGAAGAAGUGGGGGUUUCAUGUUGCGCGCAAUUCGCCGUCACACGCUGGAAGAUCCGCGAGCGGCCGAAGAGUGACUAUGUGCGGUACCGCAAAUGGUUGGCUGAGACGACGUUACCCGAUGAUCUCAGUGGACGGAUCAUGGAAUACUCAUGGCACAUGAUCUUCGGCAAGGGCCCCGUCUACUGUCCCACGGCAGAAGAAUGCUACUGCAAGGUAUUCGGACUAUGCAAUUUAGAUUGUCCGACGGAGGGAGACUGCGCUGGCCGCUAUGUUCUCCCGCCAUACUCUUCUCUUCCCAAGGGAUGGCCCUAUAUCGGCUGGAAGGGUCAGAAGCAGGACCCUAGCAAGGGACUCCCGGAGGCUUGA